UGAUACUAAGCGUUUGGUUUACGCCUGUGGUUGCAUAGGCUACAAAACGAAAGUCAAUUUUAAUUAUUUGUUUAUUUAUAGACGAGACCUAAUGAGUUUUUAUUUAUGGCAGCAGUCGUAGUUGUUGUUAUUUCAAUGACAAUGUCCCGUGUGCUUUUCAUCUGUCCCUCGCGAAUAUCGUUUGCGCUUUUCAAAAGUCUGAAAGCCAUUUCAAGGCUGAAUCUCGCCUGGAAGUGGCAGUUCACUGUGCCACCGAACAGGAUGUGGACAGGAUGCCAUCAUGCAUGUCAUAUGUGGGGAAGGUCCUAAAGCUUAGGAAACAAUUGUCCUAGUCUGUACAAUUGUUGUCGGCUAUCUGUAUUGUUCGGAAAAAAAUGGAUAAAUUAUGCAAAUAUUGUGUUCAGAUCUCGGGGUAAACAUAUGACGCAGGUCAUAUUGCAGCUCAUGCAAUUCGUCCCAUAUGUUUGCAUGGAGACAGGGAAAUCUGAGAUCAGACAAGAAUGCGAAAUGCAUUCGCCUUCUAGACUCAAACACAAGCAAUUGGAGAGCAUGAGAAUCAUAUUAGCUGUAUUAAUUACUCUGCAUUAUUCCGUAAAUAGCUUUGCGGGAACAAUUCUAGACGCUGUUUCCGCUGCUAAUGUGGAAAGACUGAUGUGUGCCGAGUGCUCUGCAUGUACACAUAUAUGUAUGUAUAAUGUCAGCUACAACAGCAAUCAAAGGGUAGUUAAUUAAAAUGAAUAUGAAAUUGCACUUGUGAUUCACAAGCUGUGAUUAAAUUGCGGUAUGUGUUCAUUUCACUUGUUGUGGAUAUGUAGCAAAUCAUGAUAUCAUGCAAAAUAGUUACGAUAUGUAAGCAAUAUUUCAUAUUUUCCUUAAUUUCGAUGCAAAAAACAAAAUUUUUAACAGAGCGAGGGCUUGAGAAAGAGUUUACCAUUCCUGGUUUUGGCAUUGUAUAUGAUUCUAUAUUUAGGAACAUAUGGCAACAAGAACAAUCGUAAUGCCUAUUUCGCUUAAAAAUUGUGACGCUAUUGCCUAAAACCUUUACGUAUUUUGCUUAUACCAGAUUAAAGAGAAUGAUUGUGUUGUGUGUUGUGUACGUCAAUUUACAUUGACACUGGUUUCCUCGAAGCUCGUCAUGAUUAAAGUGAGCUUCUUGCCUUAAAUGUCGAUUUGAUAUAAUGUCGGACAAACAAAAUGGUUGUAACUUUGUCGCAUGUCGAGUGGAUUAAUGAUGGCGUACCAUGAUAGAAGGAAUAAUGAUGGCAGCUACUAUAAAAGGGUCCCAUUCCACAUUGUGACACUAUUGUUAUCAUGAAAACUCUGAUGGUUCUCAUACUUGGCUUUGCCAGUUCCUGGGCCGCGGACUACGAGCUGUUGCUCGAGGACCCUGAUAUCUUCUCACCCUGCACCGAACCGCCGCCCGGAUCGAUUGGAUUUCUCGAUGCCUUCGACAUUGGCAAUCUGGUGCUCGACCAGGACGCGGACAUCAUUCACCUGUCCGAGAGUAUCACCUCAAAUUGGGAUGUGGAGCCCACAGAUCGCAUAUCCGCCAGGUUUGCAUUAAUGCACUACAACCGCGGCAGCUGGGAACCGACUAUAUUUAGCAUGGCCACACCGGAUUUCUGCGCCUCAAUGUUUGAUGAGAAUCAGUCAUGGUUUAAGUACUGGACUAAACACAUUUCGAACCGCGAUGAAGUGAUGGAAAAAUGCUUUAAAACACCUGGUACCGUUCUGAAUCACAAUCCAUUCGAUCUGCAGCUGCGUCUAACGGACAUCCGUGGCGCCACUCUAAGGGGUCGAUACAAAGCUGUGGUCACCUUUGAGGCUGUCGAUGAGAGGGACGUACCGCGCCGUAAUUCUAUUUGCUUCGAAAUCAGGGGAGAAGCCGAAAAGAUAAAUUAAUAUCUUAAUAGUUCAAUCUGUUCAAGGAGCGGCAUUAAUAAUCUAACAAGCAAUAUAAACGCAGGAUCUACAUGUUUCGAAAAUAAAAUAUAUUAAAUAUCUGCCUAACUAAGCUAAA